UGCCAGAAGUAGGCGGAAGUGUUCGUUUAUGUGAAAGUACACGCGACAAAGUUUGUGCCAUGGCGUCCUUCGAAAAACUUGGACUUGAUGACUGGCUUGUACAACAGUGUAAGUCUAUGGGACUUACAAAACCAACACCAAUUCAAGAAAAGUGCAUUUUGCCUGUCUUGGAAGGAAGAGACUGUAUCGGAUGUGCUAAAACAGGCAGUGGGAAGACAGCAGCAUUUGCCCUCCCAAUCUUGCAGAAGCUGUCAGAAGACCCCUAUGGUAUUUUUGCUCUUGUCUUGACGCCCACAAGGGAGCUUGCCUUUCAGAUAGCUGAUCAGUUUAAAAUUCUUGGAAAGAAAACAGGUGUGAGGGCAACAGUAAUCACAGGAGGGAUGGACAUGAUGAAGCAGGGUCAGGAUCUGGCUGUCAAGCCACACAUAGUUAUCUCAACUCCUGGCCGCCUUGCAGAUCACAUCGAGAGCUGUGAUACUUUCAGCCUGAAACGUAUCAAAUUUCUGGUGAUGGAUGAGGCUGACCGCUUGCUUGAGGACAAUUUUGGGGAACAGCUGCAAUCUGUAUUAGAAAAGCUUCCUGCAAAGCGCCAGACACUUCUUUUCUCAGCAACAUACUCUCCUGUUCUUCGUGAGUUGGAGGAAACCUUACACAAUCCCUUUGUUUGGCUGCAAGAAUCAGAACGAGCAACAGUAGAAGAGCUUAAAGAGGAAUAUGCUCUGGUACCAGCAGAUCUAAAAGAUGCAUAUCUAAUCCAUAUUUUGGAUCACUAUCUCAAAGAUCACCCACGUUCUUCUGUCAUUAUUUUUGCUGCAACUUGCAAGUAUGCACAAAUUCUGGGCAUGAUUUGUGAAGAGCUAGGCUUUUCCUGUGCUGUUCUUCACUCCAUGAUACCUCAGCGCUUCCGACUUUCUUCCCUUGCUAAAUUUAAAUCCAAUCAAACCCGCAUACUGAUAGCAACAGAUGUUGCAAGCAGAGGACUUGACAUUCCAACAGUUGACUUGAUCAUCAACCACAAUGUUCCAAACAGGCCACGAGACUAUGUUCAUCGUGUGGGUCGAACGGCUAGAGCUGGGCGAUGUGGUCAAUCCGUGACAUUGGUGACACAAUUUGAUGUGAAGCUGGUGCAUGCCAUUGAGCAAUUCAUUAACAUAAAGAUGACUGAGCACCCUACCAAUGAGAAAGAGGUGAUGAAGAUUUUGGUAGAAGUAGCUGUGGCCAGAAGAGAAGCAGAAAUUCGCCUUGAUGAGCAAGACUUUGGUGAGCAAAAGGAAAUCAACAAGAAAAAAAGACUUAUCCUGGAAGGAAAAGAUGUAGAAGAAGAAGAAAGCAGGAAAAAACUUCGAAGAACAGAUCGAGUGACAAAGUCUGUUGAAGAAGUUCGGAAAGAAAAAGAAGCCAGAAAAGAAAAGUUUAAAGCUAAAUUUGGCAAGAAAAAGAAAGUUCAGUGCUGAAUGACAUUGUGAAAACAUAACAUGUUUUGUGUGUGUGUGUGGAUGGGGCGUGAACAUGCAAAUGAAGUGCUUUUGAGUUUACAGUUGUAAAGUAAUUCUGUAAGUAAUUUGCUUUUUUUUUCCUUCUAUGUAAUAAACUUAAUGCUGUGGUGAAAACUAUUGCUCAAGCAACUUAUGUACAAAGGAAAUCCCUCUGUGGUAUGAGGUUAACUCUUACAGUGUGUUCACUAUCUAAUAAAAACCCACCAAUCAUCCCAUAGAUGGACUAAAA